CAUCUCUCUCCCUCUCUCUCUCUCUCCUCCCCCUCCCUCCCUUUGCGUGUUGCUAGCUCUGACUCUGAUGAUGUCAUCACCGGCUCACCACUGCUCAGCAUCCUCAGCUCCAGCAUCACAGCCAUUUUGUGCUGGGCAGAAAAUCUCUCUCGCGCGCUCUCUCUCUCUCUCUCUCUCUCUCUCUCCCCCUCCCUUCCUCCCUCCCAUGCCCUGACGCACCACCGUGUUCCAGGCCCUGCAGACCCGUCUUGCCCCCCCACCACCCACCCAGUCUGAGGCAGGGAGAGGCCGAGUGGCGCACACACACAAACAGAGCAGCAGAAUAACAUGGAAUAACAUCCAGAGGAUCGCCGGGACUCGGCCGUCAGGGUCAUCGGGUGGCGGGUUGCCUUGAGUUACUGGACUUGCUGCUCUAAGCCUUCAUCCAGCACCACAGCGUCCAGCUCAGGAACUCCAUCACCAUGGCUGGAGCCUCCGUGAAGGUGGCUGUGAGGGUCCGACCCUUCAACUCCAGAGAAAUUGGGAAAGAGAGCAAGUGCAUAAUUCAGAUGUCUGGCAACACCACCACAAUCAUAAACCCGAAACAGCCGAAAGAGAACAAAAGCUUCAACUUUGACUAUUCUUACUGGUCUCACACAACGCCGGAGGAUAUUAACUAUGCCGAUCAGAAACAAGUGUAUAAAGACAUUGGAGAAGAGAUGCUGCUCCAUGCGUUUGAGGGCUACAACGUCUGCAUCUUUGCCUACGGCCAGACUGGAGCUGGAAAGUCUUACACCAUGAUGGGCAAACAGGAGAAAGACCAGCAAGGCAUCAUUCCUCUGCUCUGUGAAGACCUGUUCACCAAGAUCAGCAACAAUAAUGACAACAACAUGUCGUACUCAGUGGAGGUCAGCUAUAUGGAGAUCUACUGUGAGCGUGUGCGUGACCUUCUAAACCCCAAAAACAAAGGAAACCUGCGAGUGCGAGAGCAUCCACUUAUGGGGCCCUACGUGGAAGAUCUGUCCAAGCUGGCCGUCACGUCCUACAAUGACAUCCAGGACCUGAUGGACUCCGGAAACAAAGCCAGAACCGUGGCAGCUACCAACAUGAACGAGACCAGCAGUCGCUCCCACGCUGUCUUCAACAUCAUCUUCACACAGAAGCGGCAUGACAGUGACACAGACAACACCUCAGAAAAGGUCAGCAAAAUCAGCCUGGUGGACUUGGCAGGCAGUGAAAGAGCUGAUUCAACCGGAGCCAAAGGGACCAGACUGAAGGAAGGAGCUAAUAUUAAUAAAUCCCUGACAACGCUUGGCAAAGUGAUUUCUGCCUUAGCGGAAAUGGACUCUCUACCGAACAAGAACAAGAAGAAGAAGAAGGCAGAGAGCUUUAUCCCCUACAGAGACUCUGUACUGACCUGGUUGCUUAGGGAAAAUCUUGGUGGAAAUUCACGCACUGCCAUGGUAGCAGCUCUCAGUCCUGCCGAUAUCAACUAUGACGAGACCCUCAGCACCCUCAGGUACGCCGACCGAGCGAAGCAGAUCCGCUGCAACGCCGUCAUCAACGAAGACCCAAACAACCGGUUAGUGCGCGAGCUGAAGGAGGAAGUGGCUCGACUGAAGGACCUGCUCUAUGCCCAGGGUCUUGGGGACAUCAUUGAAACAUAUCGCGUGACCGGGCCUGGAGUAUCGGCUCUGAAAUUGACCAAUGCCAUGACAGGGAUGAGUCCGUCCCCGUCUCUUUCGGCCCUGUCCAGCCGGGCCGGCUCCAUCACCAGCCUGCACGACCGCAUCAUGUUCAGCCCCGGCAGUGAGGAAGCCAUCGAGAGGCUGAAGGAAACAGAGAAGAUCAUAGCCGAGCUCAACGAGACCUGGGAGGAGAAGCUGCGGCGUACGGAGGCCAUCAGGAUGGAGAGGGAGGCUCUUUUGGCUGAAAUGGGAGUGGCCAUGAGGGAGGAUGGAGGCACGGUGGGAGUGUUCUCUCCCAAAAAGACGCCUCACCUGGUCAACCUGAAUGAAGACCCACUGAUGUCCGAGUGCUUACUGUACUACAUCAAAGACGGAAUCACCAAGGUCGGCCGUGAGGACGCCAGCUGUAGGCAAGACAUUGUUCUGAGCGGUCACUUUAUUAAAGAAGAGCACUGCAUCUUCACCAGUAGCACCAGCCCAUCAGGCGAGGGUGUGGUUGUUCUGGAGCCUUGCAAGGAUGCCGAGACCUACGUUAACGGCAAGAGAGUGACUGAGCCCACCGUGCUCAGAUCGGGGAACCGUAUCAUCAUGGGGAAGAGCCAUGUGUUCCGCUUUAAUGACCCAGAGCAGGCAAGGCAGGAGCGGGAGCGGACCCCCUGUGCUGAGACCCCCGUAGAGCCUGUGGACUGGGCCUUUGCCCAGAGAGAGCUGCUGGAGAAACAGGGCAUAGACAUGAAACAGGAAAUGGAGCAGAGAUUGCAGGAGCUUGAGGAUCAGUACCGCAGAGAGAGAGAAGAAGCGAGCAACCUUCUCGAGCAGCAAAGACUGGACUAUGAGAGCAAGCUGGAGGCUCUUCAGAGGCAGGUUGAUUCCCGCUAUUACCCUGAGACCACAGAGGAGGAAGAGGAACCAGAGGAAGAGGUCUCCUGGACCAAGCGGGAGACUGAGCUGGCGCUCUGGGCUUUCCGAAAAUGGCGCUUCUACCAAUUCACCUCUCUGCGAGACCUGCUGUGGGGCAAUGCCAUCUUCCUCAAAGAGGCCAACGCCAUCAGCGUCGAGCUGAAGAAGAAGGUUCAGUUCCAGUUUGUGCUGCUGACAGACACACUGUACUCUCCACUCCCUCCUGAUCUCCUGCCCCCCAGUGUAGCUAAGGACAGAGAGAAAAGACCCUUCCCUCGUACCAUUGUAGCAGUGGAGGUCCAGGACCAGAAGAAUGGGGCCACACACUACUGGACCUUAGAGAAGCUGAGACAGAGGUUGGACCUGAUGAGGGAAAUGUACGAUCGUGCCGCAGAAGUCCCCAGCAGUGCCAUGGAGGACUGUGACCACACGCUAACGGGUGGUGACCCUUUCUACGACCGCUUCCCCUGGUUCCGUCUUGUAGGCAGCACCCCCAUUCUGAACACGUGCAUGAGCGAGCGCAUGAGAGACCCCACCCCCUCCCCCACCCUCUCCGACCCCGAGUCUGACAUAACCGAGCUCGCAGACGAGCGGCAUUAUGGGAAGGUGGAGGAGGAGUUGGAGGAGGAGUUGGAGGACCUGGACCCUGAGAUCUUUGCAGAGGACGGGGGCUCAGAGCCGCAGGAGGGGCCGCAGUGCCCCCGAGCCAGCGAAGGCCAGGACCCCUUUUACGACCGCUGGCCUCUGUUCAGUUUAGUGGGAAGGGCGUUUGUGUAUUUGAGUAACCUGCUGUAUCCUGUGCCGCUGGUGCACCGGGUGGCCAUAGUGAGUGAGAAGGGCGAGGUGAAGGGCUUCCUGCGGGUGGCGGUGCAGGCCAUCUCAGCUGACGAAGAAGCUCCAGACUACGGCUCAGGCGUUCGGCAGUCAGGAACCGCAAAGAUCUCCUUCGAGGACCAGCAGUUUGAGAAGUUUCAGACAGACUCAUGCUCCGGGGGGAUGUCCCACUCCAACACAUCGCAGGAGGAGCUGCGGAUUGUAGAGGGAGAGGGACAAAACUCUGAAAUAGGUCUCUCAGCUGACGAGGUCAACAACAACACCUGCACAAAUAGUCCUGAUGUCCCUGGCAGUCCUGUGAAAACUCUGGAGGUCUCAGGGGACACAAUGCAGGACAAAGUAUUCCAGCACCUGAAGAUUGGCAGCACCUUUACCUUCAGAGUGACCGUCCUGCAGGCGUCCAGCAUCUCCGCCGAAUACGCAGACAUAUUCUGCCAGUUCAACUUUAUCCACAGGCAUGACGAGGCUUUCUCCACCGAACCCUUGAAGAACACGGGCAGGGGACCUCCACUGGGGUUCUACCACGUCCAGAAUAUUACGGUUGAGGUCACCAAGUCUUUUGUGGAGUACAUCAAGAGUCAGCCCAUAGUUUUUGAGGUAUUCGGGCACUACCAGAAGCAGCCCUUCCCCCCUCUCUGUAAAGAUCUCAUCAGUCCUCUACGCCCAUCCAGAAGGCAGUUCCCCCGGGUGAUGCCUUUAUCCAAACCAGUGCCUGCCACCAAACUGAGUGCAAUGACCCGCUCUUCUGCUGGACCAUGUCACUGCAAAUACGACCUCAUGGCUUUCUUUGAGAUCUGUGAGCUUGAAGCCAAUGGAGACUACAUCCCAGCUGUGGUUGAUCACAGAGGAGGAAUGCCCUGCCAUGGGACGUUCCUACUGCACCAGGGCAUCCAAAGGAGAAUCACAGUGACAAUAGCCCAUGAAACGGGCAAUGACAUUGAAUGGAAGGAGGUUAAGGAGCUUGUUAUCGGGCGGAUCCGUAACACACCCGAGGCAGACGAGACCAUCAUCGACCCCAACAUCCUGUCCCUCAACAUCCUGUCUGUUGGCUACAUAAGGCCCUCGUAUGAUGACAGUGUGUCCUUGGGAAUUGACCAUAGGACGUUUUACCGCUUUGAGGCAGCGUGGGACAGCUCCAUGCACAAUUCUCUCCUGCUGAACCGGGUCACGCCUUACGGAGAGAAAAUCUACAUCACCCUCUCAGCGUACCUGGAGAUGGAGAACUGCUCUCAGCCGACGGUCAUCACCAAGGACUUCUGCAUGGUGUUCUAUUCCAGGGAUGCAAAGCUUCCCGCAUCCCGCUCCAUCCGUAACCUCUUCAGCACCGGAGUCCUCAGACCCUCCGAAAGUAAUCGUGUGACCGGAGUUUAUGAACUCAGUCUGUGUCACCUGGCAGAUGCUGGGAGUCCAGGCAUGCAGAGGAGGCGUAGACGGGUGCUGGACACCUCAGUGGCGUAUGUCCGUGGGGAGGAGAACCUGGCCGGCUGGAGGCCACGCAGUGACAGCCUGAUCCUAGACCAUCAGUGGGAGCUGGAAAAGCUCAGUCUCCUGCAGGAGGUUGAGAAGACAAGGCACUACCUGCUGUUGAGAGAGAAGCUGGAAGCCUCUCUGCUGUUUGGUCAAGACAUUCUGUGCAGCAAAGACUUGAUGGAAUCGCCCAAAGCGCUCAGUCCCUGCCCCAACCCAGCAGGUGGUCUGGGCCUGGACAGCCCCAACGAAAGGCAGAAGGAGCUGGCUGCCAAGUGUCUGCGACUGCUCAUGCACACCUUCAACAGGCAGUACAGCCAGGUGAGCAGCAGUGCCAGUGAGAGCAAGCUGUCUGAGAUGUCCGCAUCCCUGCUGAGAGACGGCUCCUCCUCCCCUCUGAGCACACUGACUCCCUCUACUACCUGCCCGUCACUGGUGGAAGGUCACUAUAGCAACCCUGACCUCAGCAGAAGUGCAGAGGUUCACUCCGGGGCCUCCAGCCCUGAUCUGGAUCCAUUCAGCCCUGAGGAGAGAAAGCCCCGGACCUGCACCUUUGUCCCCAACAUCCAGGAGAUCCGUGUUAGUCCCAUUGUGUCAAAGAAAGGCUACCUGCACUUUCUGGAGCCGCACACAUCUGGCUGGGUGAAGCGCUAUGUAGUAGUGCGGCGGCCCUACGUCUACCUGUACCGCAGCGAGAGGGACAGUGUGGAGAGAGCAGUCAUUAACCUGUCUUCUGCACAGGUGGAGUACAGCGAGGACCAGCAGACCAUGCUGAGGGCUCCAAACACAUUUGCCGUUUGCACUGAGCACCGUGGCAUUCUCCUCCAGGCCAGCAAUGACAAAGAAAUGCACGACUGGCUGUACGCCUUCAACCCGCUGCUGGCUGGAACCAUCAGGUCUAAGCUCUCCAGGAAAAAAUCAGCUCAGACGAGGAUGUGAGGGAAGAACAACGUCCUGUGAU